AUGAACACAACUUACUAUAGAAAGAGAGAUGAAAAUGUCCUUGGAGGCACAUUUGACUCAUAAUCUCAGAAAUAAACUUUGUCUUAAUUCCAGGCUUCUUAAUUCUAUCAAGUGCCUAAUAAUGGAACUAAUAGUAGUGGCUUGAAUCCAAGGUUAAGUUCAGCUGGUAAUGGAGCAAAUGGCGGGGGAUAGGCUACCUCAUAAAUGGAUACUAGUCAGAACAAUUAAAGUGGCUGCAUUAGCAACUAGGACUCAAUGACCUUCCCUAUUGUUAAAUAAGAAAUAGAUCUCUUGGAAAUUUGUAACAACUUGAAUGAAGGAUUGCUAAAAAAUGAUGACCAAAGCAGAAGACCUAAUUAUAAGUCUCACUAAAAUUCAUUCAAUAAUAUUGCUUAAACUUAAAAUCAAGGAGAAAAUUCAAAGCGCAAAAUUGCUGGAAUGGGCAAUUUCAAUUUAGUUAAGAAGGAAGUUAAACCUCUUUAAUAGCAGUCAUGGGAUAAAAUCUCUCACGAUACAAACUAAGUUGACUUAAAACUAUUGCAGCCAAAAGUUAAUAGAAAAUAUCAACUUUCCCCAGUAAAGAUGUCCUAAGACAGAGGUUUUGGGAUUGCUGGAUAUAUGGGUAUUAGAAAAGAUAGAAAUUAAGAGAGGGCUUCUAACCCAAAGCAUGAAUUGGCAAAUAUAAAAUAAGAGGAGUUCAAUUCAAAUGAGAGUAAUAAAAUAAUUUAAGUUUAAUCUUAGGUCUACUCUGAUGAUCAUAAAGGGGGAAUGUCCUUAAGAAAUUAGAGUAAUACUCAAUUUAACCCUAAUGCUAAUAAGUAAAACAAAAAGAACUAGAAAGCAAUUGGCCUCUAGUUUGCAAAUUUAGCUUGCAAUUUGGGCUCCAAUGAUUUCUUUAAUACUAGUAGUAGUGAAUUUAUGGAUAGUAAUCUUAAUAACACUAUGAUUGAUAAUAACAUGAUUGAAGACGAUAUUGACAUGAAAGAGAAUGAAGAGAACAAGAAUAUUAACUACUCAGCAGAUAAAGUGAACUAAAAAAAAUAAUAUAAUAAAUAGGAGAAAACUAUCAAUUUAAGGAACAACAAGAAAAGAAAAGGCUUUGAAAUUUCAAAUCAAACUGCUGCUAAUAACGGAGAGAAUAGUGAACUUGAGGAAGGAUUAUCACAAUAACAAAUAAUGAUUUCAAAGGGUGCAUUAAAAAAAAGAAAACUAAAUAAUGAAUUUGAUGCCCCUUAAUCCAGAGGAAUAUCAUCAGUCUCCAGUAGUUUUAUUGUAGAUAAGAGAAAAUUGCUUCAAACUUAGGAACUUGGAUAUCUAUCUGUAAAUAAUAAUCCAACGCAAAAUAAAAAAUCUGGAAGUGGUUUUAAUAAGCCUCAGGCAAAGGGAGGAAAUAGUAUAUUUAUAAAUAAUAAUAGUUAAUUAAGUGAGUUCACUCUCAACUCUAGAAAAUAUAAAUGCCAAUAAGCUUAUCAAGAAUUUUUCUAAUAGCAAUAAACUUCGUCUGAGUACCUCAUCAUUAAAAUCAAGUUUAAAACAAGGAAGCAUGGCAUAUCUUGGUUGAUAGGGGCUAUCUCUGACUUCAAGAUUAAAGAUGUUUCUAUUAGUAGUACUCUGAGCAAAUCUAGUAAAUUGGUUAGAGUUAUGCUUCCUGUUACAGAAUUCAAUGCAUUCGAUAAUUCUAAUAAAAUAAGAACUCUUAAUAAAGAUAGACAUUCUAGCAUCUCAAGUUGUAGCCUGAACAAUAACAGUUUUGUCUUAGAUGGUCUUGUUAUUAUUGAGAAUCCUAAGGUUUUGUCUUUUUAAUUAGAUGAUAAACAAGAAGGAUUAAGCAUAAGAGAUGAGUGCUAUACGACUGUCUUUGGAUCAAGAGUCAUUCCCUAUGAGCAAUAACAUAAUACUUCUAACUAGAAUGACAUUAGAAAUAUUAUGAGCGAACUUAGAAACUCAUAAGUUAGCAGUAUGACAGUCUGA